AUGGCCAGAGCUGGUGGCAACCUCGGGGUCUGGGGGACUUUGGUGCUACUGGGUCUGUCCGGUUGCACUGUGGUCAGGGCGGCUGAUACCCGGGUCGUGGUGCAAGGGCUUGCUCCUGCUUCUUCGUAUGAAUUUUCCGUGUGGGUAGAAAAAGAUGGAAACAGAAGCUCCACACAAACGGUCAACGCCUCCACAGCUCCAAACCCAGUGAGGAACCUGAGGGUGGAGGCUCAGAACACCAGCUCCAUCAGCCUGACGUGGGACGUCCCUGAGGGCCCCUCCUCCUCCCAGGACCUCACCUACUGGGCCCAGUGCGCUGAAGAUGGUGGCCAGAAUGAGACCCGGAACACAGCAGACACCCGAGUCACUGUGGAUGGACUGGAUCCUGGCUCUUCAUAUAACUGUUCUGUGUGGGUGGAAAGAGAUGGAGUCAGCAGCGCCUGGGAGACUCUCAGUCACUCCACAGCUCCAAACCCAGUGAGGAACCUGAGGGUGGAGGCUCAGAACACCAGCUCCAUCAGCCUGACUUGGGACGUCCCUGAGGGCGCCUCCUCCUCCCAGGACCUCACCUACUGGGCCCAGUGCGCUGAAGAUGGUGGCCAGAAUGAGACCCGGAACACAGCAGACACCCGAGUCACCGUGGAUGGACUGGAUCCUGGCUCUUCAUAUAACUGUUCUGUGUGGGUGGAAAGAGAUGGAGUCAGCAGCGCCUGGGAGACUCUCAGUCACUCCACAGCUCCAAACCCAGUGAGGAACCUGAGGGUGGAGGCUCAGAACACCAGCUCUAUCAGCCUGACUUGGGAUGUCCCUGAGGGCGCCUCCUCUUCCCAGGACCUCACCUACUGGGCGCAGUGCGCUGAAGAUGGUGGCCAGAAUGAGACCCGGAACACAGCAGACACCCGAGUCACCGUGGAUGGACUGGAUCCUGGCUCUUCAUAUAACUGUUCUGUGUGGGUGGAAAGAGAUGGAGUCAGCAGCGCCUGGGAGACUCUCAGUCACUCCACAGCUCCAAACCCAGUGAGGAACCUGAGGGUGGAGGCUCAGAACACCAGCUCCAUCAGCCUGACUUGGGACGUCCCUGAGGGUGCCUCCUCCUCCCAGGACCUCACCUACUGGGCCCAGUGCGCUGAAGAUGGUGGCCAGAAUGAGACCCGGAACACAGCAGACACCCGAGUCACCGUGGAUGGACUGGAUCCUGGCUCUUCAUAUAACUGUUCUGUGUGGGUGGAAAGAGAUGGAGUCAGCAGCGCCUGGGAGACUCUCAGUCACUCCACUGUCCCUAUUUCAGCUCCAAACCCAGUGAGGAACCUGAGGGUGGAGGCUCAGAACACCAGCUCCAUCAGCCUGACUUGGGACAUCCCUGAGGGCGCCUCUUCCUCCCAGGACCUCACCUACUGGGCCCAGUGCGCUGAAGAUGGUGGCCAGAAUGAGACCCGGAACACAGCAGACACCCGAGUCACUGUGGAUGGACUGGAUCCUGGCUCUUCAUAUAACUGUUCUGUGUGGGUGGAAAGAGAUGGAGUCAGCAGCGCCUGGGAGACUCUCAGUCACUCCACAGCCCCAGAUCCUGUCAACAGCAUCUCCUGUGUCAGCACCUCUGGGGGCUACGGGGUCGUCCUGACCUGGUCCUGCCCAUCUGGGGGUUAUGAGACCUUUGAGGUGGAGGUGGGCAGGCAACGGAUCUCCCGGAAUGGAUCUUUCUGCGGGAAGGGCGUGUCUGUGUCAGACCUUGGGCCAGCUCAGUCCUACACGGCCACCAUCACGACUGUCUCGAAUGGACUGAGGGUCCCGUCCAUCUCUGUGACCUGUUACACAGAGAGCACAGGGGUCAUUGUGGGAGCCAUCAUGGGCACCCUCCUACUUUUCAUCCUGGUGGCCUUGCUGAUUUUCUUCCUGAAGAGGAGGAGAAAGAAGAGCCAGCAGAAGGACGUGCCCAAGGAUCUGGUGUUCAGUUUCCCCGGGGAUAUCCUAGCCAAAGACUUCGCUGACUACGUCAAGGAGAACGAGAGGGACAGCAACUAUGGAUUUGCCAAGGAGUAUCAGCAAUUGGCUCUGGAGGGCCAAGGCGAGUCUCAGAUGACAGCGUCCGCUCCAGAGAACACAUCCAAGAACCGCUACAGGAAUGUGCUGCCCUAUGACUGGUCUCGGGUGCCCCUGAAGCCCCUCCAUGAGGAACCGGGCUCCGACUACAUCAACGCCAGCUUCAUACCGGGUCUCUGGAGCCCCAAGGAAUUCAUUGCAACCCAGGGUCCCCUGCCUCACACCGUGGGUGAUUUCUGGCGUCUGGUGUGGGAACAGCAGAGCCACACCCUGGUCAUGCUGACCAACUGCAUGGAGUCUGGACGGGUGAAGUGUGAGCAUUACUGGCCUCUGGAUGCUCAGCCCUGCACUCACGGGCAGUUGCAGGUGACAGUGAUUAAUGAAGACAUGAAGGAGAACUGGACAGUGAGGGAUCUUCAGCUCUUCCACGUGGGAGAAAAGCAGACGCUCUCUGUACGCCAAUUCCACUACCUGGCCUGGCCAGAUCAUGGAGUCCCUUACUCCCCAGAGCCCUUGCUGGCUUUCCAAAAGGUGCUUCGGCAGUGGGUGGACCAGACCAUGGACGGAGGACCUCCCAUUGUGCAUUGCAGUGCUGGCGUGGGCCGGACAGGCACUCUUAUUGCACUGGACGUCCUGCUCCGACAGCUGGAGUGUGAGGGGCUGGUGGGUCCCUUCAGCUUCGUGAAGAAGAUGAGAGAGAGCCGGCCAUUGAUGGUGCAGACAGAGGCCCAGUAUGUAUUUCUUCACCAGUGCAUCUUGAGAUACCUCCAGAAGUCAGCCCCGGCCCUUAUCCUGAAGGAGGCAACAUAUGAGAAUGUGGCCAGCGUCAUCUACGAGAAUGCAGCAGCCAUCAGAGCCCAUGAGUCUGAGGCCUCGGCUACUGGGUGCUGAGCCUACACACACAGAAAUACUCAGGCUGGAUAUGGACCCCUGCUGGAGCCCAGAUACCCGGAGCUCCGACAGAACUGAGGGUCGGAGUCUCAGCCUCCCCAGCCCACUGGAAAGCCAUCUCCAGUUGUCCAAGGAGGACAGGAUGGGACUGAUGUACUUCAACUAUGAGCCCUGUGGGAGCCGGGAGCCCGAGGACAGGGAAGACAAGGGGGAUUUCCUGUUCUUUGAGUGGAGGUGGCUGUGGCCUGGGUAUACAGGGUCUCAA